AUGGCUUCCAUACCAGGAGGAAGUGCUUGGUCCCCAGACUGCGUCUCCAUGAAGAAGUUUAUCAAUAAUCGUGAUCUCCUGCUCUGCCUAGGCGAUGUGGUAAGGUCAUCUUUUCUGUUCUACCGCUACCUCCUACAGAAUCUUCGUCUCACCAGCUGGGCCUUCGCUGCCGCCUUUGAGCGUGCUCUCUUCCGCGUCUACAUCCUUAGCAAUGGGUUGGUGAGUUGUUCAUCCCUAUCUCAGUACGCACCCCGUCUCACCGUCCUCGAUCUGUAUUGCAACGCUGGAUUAGGGAUCGAUCUUAUACCUUCUGAGCUCCGUAGAUUUCGUGGGCUCAAGGAGCUUAGUCUUCGUAACCUUCCGGAUUACUGGGAGGAAUACGUCGAAGCCAUUACCACGGUUCUGAUCAACUCCCCCAACAUAGAGACGUUGCGCUUGAUGACCACUGAAUGGGGCCCAGAUCCAGAAUCAGACCCAUGCUAUCAAUCGCCAGGCCAUUGCCUCUUUGGGAUACUGCCUCUCAUCUGCGAGAGAUUUGCGAAGGAAAGCAAAGGAGGCGGGGGGUCUCUGGGCGGCAACGAACGGGCGAAUAUACCACGUCUCAAGCUCCGAGAAGUGACCGUUGAUCAUCACUCGAUGAAUCGGUUUAUCCUCGAUAAACCCGAUCCGGAUCUCCCUGAAGACUCGUUGAGAUACACUGGCAAUCGCCAGAAACCUCUCUAUUUGGAGAAACUCACCGAUCUUCAAUAUCUCGAACGCUUGCAUGUCGAGAUGAUGCCAGAGUGGACCAAAGCUCAGCGCCUUGAUAUCAUCCGCCUACCGAAUUUCACUCCGGCCAUCGCCCCGCGACUGCGAUCACUGACCAUAUCACCAGCCUGUACUCGAGAGUCCCGCAGAUGGCACGACUGGGUUAUCGGAAACAACUUUCUUGAAUACGCUUGUAAAGUCUCGCUAGGUAGACUCGAAAAUUUUAUCCCAAACUCGCGGGCCGAGAACCUCAUUUUCGACUGGUCCGACCGCGUCAAUUCCCAUGACAGCCUGUACACACUGCUUUUUCUCCUAAAGCAGCCGGACCCCGCGAAUUCCCUCCGACGACUUGAACUCAAUACGCCGGGCGACUGGACGAAGCUGAUCCCCUCCCUCAAAGACACCUUGUCGCAUCUUCGGAAGCUCAAAUAUUUCCAUUUUCACCUGGCAGAGUACUAUCCUCCACUCUGCCUCUCGUUGGAGGUUCUAGAGCGCCAAAAGUAUUUCGAAAAGAUGGCGGCUCUUGCAGAAGACUUUUUCGAGGUGCAACCGAGCCUUGACUUUGUAGAAGUCAACCACUUUCUGUACCAGGUCGUUCGAUGGGGUCCCGGCGCCCGUGACUUUCACAUGGUCGAGAUCUUGGAUCGGGAACGGGAGUGGGUUGCACCAGAAGACACCCCGUGGCAAGGGCCAGAGAAGGACGCCGUGCCUUUCAGAAUGAUGUUAUGA